AUGGCAACAGCCGACGGCUACGAAGGAAAAGGAUUGAUUAUAUGGACUAUACGUUCGACAAUUGAACGAUGUAAACAGAAGGGUUAUGAAAUAGCUGUAUGUGAAACUAGUUCACCUAUUACGCGACACAUUAUGUUGAAUAAAAUUCAAGGUACACAAAUCGCAUGUGAAACGGAUAUUGUGAAAAUUCAUUUACACAUUUAUUCUUCUUACCCGCUGUUACGAAUUCAAAUCGUGGUAUUAAUGGCUAAGUUAGAGUCUACCACAGCCGUCAGGAGACAUUUACAACGGGAAAACGUGUCUGCUAUUCCUUCAGAGAACACUAUGAGAAGUCUUUAUGCAAAAUUUCUUGAAACCGGUUCGGUGCAUGGUCGGUCAGGAAGGCCACCAUCAGCAACCACAGAGAAACAAGAUCAAAUCGCUGAAGUUUUGACAAACAAGCCGAUGAACAGUAUUCGUGCCGUUUCCCAAGAAAUGAAUAUGUCGAAAUCAGUUGUUCAUCGUAAAAUGCGUCAGAUAUUGGGAUACAAGCCGUACAAGAUACAUUUAACACAACAAAUCUACGACGAAGAUAAAGAUUUACGUGUCGAAAUGGUUGAAAUUCUCUUGCCCAAAUUUUCUAACAAGAUGGCGUCCCGGUACAUUUCUCAAAGGCAGUUCGUUCGUGGCUCAACAACAAGUUCCCUAGUCGAUGUAUUGGAAGAGGUGGACCCAUUUCGUGGGCUCCGAGAUCACCAGACCUCACCCCGUUGGAUUUCUUUUUAUGGGUCAUGUCAAAACGGACAUUUAUAA